UUCAGAGCCCCCCACGUCCCAGCACACACGCGCGCACUCUUGAACACCCCUCUCCCCCUCCACCUCCUCCCCCCCUCAGCCACCGGCGCUAUGGCAGUGUGAGGAGUAAAUGGCUCAGAGUAUCCGUGGUGGAAAGCGACCUAAACACUGGUCUGGGAACUGAUAAACAAACACAACAAGAGCGAGAGAGAGAGAGAGAGAGAGAGAGAGAGAGAGGGAGAGGAGAGGAAAAAACACGGCGCGUAAAAGCUCUCCACGGCGCGCGGACACUGUGCCAGCUCUUCAAGAAGAAGCCAAGAAGACUCUGACGUUAUUUUUUUGUUUUCCUCUGGUUGUUAAUUUUCGUGUGGACAAACGAGGAUAUCUUAAUUGGACAUGUGAGUUCCAGGAGUUAACAAGACAAGCAGUCCCCCCUUUUUUUUUCCAAGAUGAAGUUCCUCGCUUGCGUCCUCGUCACUUUGGUGGUGGUUCGGUCGAAUGCAGCGCAGUCAGUUUGUCCAGGCACGGAGAACAAGCUGAGCACUCUGUCCGACCUGGAUCAGCAGUACCGCACCCUGAAGAAGCUCUACGAGAACUGCGAAGUGGUCAUGGGCAACCUGGAGAUCACCAGCAUCGAUCGAAACCGCAACCUCUCCUUUCUCAAGUCCAUCAGAGAAGUGACCGGCUACGUGUUGGUGGCUCUGAACCAGUUCGACUACCUGCCGCUGGAGAACCUCCGGAUCAUCCGGGGCACCAAGCUGUACGAAGGUCGCUACUCUCUGGCCAUCUUCCUCAACUACAGGCGGGACGGCUACUACGGCCUGAGGCAGCUCGGCCUACGCAACCUCACAGAGGUACUGAACGGUGGGGUUUAUGUGGACCAGAACAAAUUCCUGUGCCAUGCGGACACCAUCCAUUGGCGUGACAUUAUCAAGAACCCCCAGGCUGAGCUGCUGGUGGUUCCAUCCAACAAUAGCAACCUCGGAUGCCGGCGCUGUCACCGCUCAUGUAACGGGCGCUGCUGGGGCCAUCAAGAAGACCAGUGUCAAACCUUGACAAAGACGGUGUGUGCAGAGCAGUGUGACGGUCGAUGCUUUGGGCCCUACGUCAGCGACUGCUGCCACCGCGAAUGUGCCGGCGGCUGCUCGGGCCCCAAGGACACGGACUGCUUCGCUUGCACCAAUUUCAACGACAGCGGAGCUUGUGUGACCCAGUGCCCUCAGCCAUUCGUGUACAACCCCACAUCUUUUCAGCUGGAGCACAACCCCAGAGCCAAGUACACCUAUGGAGCCUUUUGUGUCAAGAAAUGCCCACAUAAUUUCGUGGUGGACCACAGCUCCUGCGUCAGAGCUUGUCCCAGCAACAAGAUGGAGGUGGAGGAGAACCGGAUCAAGAUGUGCAUCCCCUGCACCGACAUCUGUCCGAAAGUGUGCGAUGGAAUAGGAACAGGCAGCCUGCAGACAGCUCAAACAGUGGAUGCCAGCAACAUUGAUAAAUUUGUCAACUGCACCAAAAUCAAUGGCAACCUCAUCUUCCUCAUCACGGGGAUUAAAGGGGACAUGUAUCAUGGUAUUGGACCUUUGGAUCCAGAGCGUCUUAACGCGUUUCGCACUGUGAAGGAGAUCACAGGUUACCUCAACAUCCAGUCUUGGCCUGAGAACAUGACGGAUCUGAGCGUGUUUUCCAACCUGGCGACUAUCGGAGGAAGAACCCUCUACAGCGGAAGCGGCAUUUCUCUGUUGAUCCUGAAGCAGCGUUGGAUCUCCUCGCUUCAGUUCCAGUCUCUGGACGAGAUCAGCGCCGGAAACGUCUACAUCUUCAACAACAGUCGGCUGUGCUUCUACAACACGGUCAACUGGACGACGCUUUUCAGGACCCCGAACCAGAAGGUCCUCAUUCGGAACAACCAAGACCCGAAGGAAUGCACUCAACAGCGGAUGAUAUGUGACCAGAUGUGUUCGGACGACGGGUGCUGGGGUCCAGGGCCGGACCAGUGUCUGUUCUGUCGGUAUUUCAGGCGAGGUCGUACCUGUGUCGAGUCCUGCAGCCUCUUCGAUGGGGAAAUUCGAGAAUUCGCCAACGGAUCCGUGUGCCUGGAGUGUGAUAGCCAGUGUGAGAAGAUGGAUGGGAACACCAUGACGUGUCUCGGCCAGGGUCCGGACCAAUGUGUUAAAUGCCUCCACUUCAAAGACGGACCCAACUGUGUGGAGAAAUGCCCCGAUGGGCUACAAGGCGCCAACAGUUUCAUCUUCAAGUACGCCAAGGCCAACAACGAGUGUCAUCCAUGCCACGCCAACUGCACCCAGGGGUGCGUCGGGCCGAGGCUCCAAGAUUGUGUGGGGAUGAUGGACAGGACACCACUAAUAGCAGCUGGCAUUAUCGGCGGCCUAUUCAUCAUCGUAAUCCUUGCGCUCAGCGUGGCCGUUUAUGUCCGCCGCAAGAGCAUCAAGAAGAAGAGGGCCCUGCGGCGCUUCUUGGAGACAGAGCUGGUAGAGCCGCUGACCCCAAGUGGAACCGCCCCCAACCAGGCCCAGCUGCGGAUCCUGAAAGAGACAGAGCUGAAGAGGGUGAAGAUUCUGGGAUCAGGGGCUUUUGGGACGGUCUAUAAGGGCAUCUGGGUCCCAGAAGGUGAGACGGUGAAGAUCCCCGUGGCCAUUAAAAUCCUCAACGAGACCACCGGUCCUAAGGCCAACGUGGAGUUCAUGGACGCCCUGAUCAUGGCCAGCAUGGAACACCCCCACCUGGUCCGUCUGCUUGGCGUCUGCUUGAGCCCCACCAUCCAGCUGGUCACCCAGCUCAUGCCCCACGGCUGCCUCCUCGACUACGUGCACGAGCACAAGGACAACAUUGGAUCGCAGCUGUUGCUCAACUGGUGUGUCCAAAUCGCCAAGGGAAUGAUGUACCUGGAGGAGAGGAGGCUGGUCCACAGGGACCUGGCCGCCCGCAACGUGUUGGUGAAGUCGCCCAAUCACAUCAAGAUCACCGACUUCGGCUUGGCACGGCUGCUGGACGCCGAUGAGAAGGAGUACAAUGCCGACGGGGGCAAGAUGCCAAUUAAAUGGAUGGCUCUGGAGUGCAUCCACUACAGGAAGUUCACCCAUCAGAGUGACGUGUGGAGUUAUGGAGUGACCAUCUGGGAGCUGAUGACAUUUGGAGGCAAACCGUACGACGGCAUCCCCACACGGGAAAUCCCCGACAUUCUGGAGAAAGGGGAGCGUCUGCCGCAGCCGCCCAUUUGCACCAUCGAUGUCUACAUGGUCAUGGUGAAAUGCUGGAUGAUUGAUGCAGACAGCAGGCCAAAGUUUAAAGAGCUGGCUGCUGAGUUCUGCAGGAUGGCCCGUGACCCCCAGCGAUACCUGGUCAUCCAGGGAGACGACCGCAUGAAACUCCCGAGCCCCAACGACAGCAAGUUCUUCCAGAGCCUCCUGGAUGAGGAGGACCUGAAUGACUUGAUGGACGCUGACGAGUACCUGGUGCCGCGAGGUUUCAACAUGGCUCCUCCGUCGUACACAGCCAGGCCUCGUGUGGACUCCAACAGAAACCAGUUUGGCUAUCGAGAUGGUGGUCCAAACCCUGCAGAGGGCUCCUCGGCAGGUGCCCAAGCCUGCUCAAACCAGGAGGCAACAGGCGGGGCAGUUCCAGCCCUGGAGGACCAGCGCUGCAACGGGAGUCUGCAUAAGAAGAGCCUUGGACAGGCAGGGGUGGAGGACAGCGGGGGCCAGAGAUACAGCGCUGACCCUACCAUCUUCUUAGGGGACAGGGCGUCCAGAGGGGACACUGAUGAGGACGGGUACAUGACACCCAUGAAGGACAAGAGCUCGUCAGAAUACCUGAAUCCCAUUGAGGAAAACCCAUUCGUCUCAAGACGUAAAAACGGGGAAAUCCACGCCCUGGAUAACCCGGGCUACCACAGCACACCCAACAGCCAGCCCAAAGGAGAGGACGAGUACAUCAACGAGCCCCUCUACCUCAACACCUUCCACAGCCCUGCUGAGCUGGGCCUAGAAGCCCUGAGGAGAAAUGGUCUGCCACUACCCAACCAGCCUCCUUCUUCCAUCUCAGCCACGACUUCAGGCCCCCACCUCCCACUUACCAUCCAGACCAGCUUGCCCCACUACCCCCUCCCCUCGGCCCAGCCUUCUCCAUCUGGCAUUGCUUGCCACCACGGCCCACCGACCCACAUCCUCCACACCCACCAUACCCUCAAACCUGCAGGACAACCUGGCAAUCCAGGUGGCGCAUCUGCCAUCCUGAGCCAAAUCGGAACUAUUGCCCAAACCCAGGUGUGUCCGUCAGGCACCCUGUCGACUUCGGCUACCAUUGGGCACGGCAGUCUGCCAGCCUACCAGAGCCACACCGCAAGUCACCCAGCCAGCUUACUGAAGCAUGGAGGAUUAACGUCAGUGAAAGGCCCCGGAAAGAAGCUAAAGGUGACCUUUGACAAUCCAGAGUACUGGCAGCACAGCUUGCCUCCAAAACCGUCUAACCAGGCACUUCCAGAUGGUGCCCAAGGAGGUUCCACCAACGCCAAGCUCUUCUACAAGCAGAACGGACAUAUACGGCCGUCUGUAGCUGAAAACCCUGAAUACAUGUCAGAGUUUUCCUUGAAAUCUGGUACCGUCUUGCCACCUCCGCCCUACCGGCAGCGGAACACUGUGGUGUAAGGUUGUCCCACUUGGCGAGCUUUCCUCUAUCUGACUCAAACCUCCAGCAAUCCUGAAAUCCUCUCCGGUUCCACUGUUCCACACGAAAGGGGAGCAGCCACAACCAGAGCCGCCCCCCUGAUUCUUUCCAAAUAACGCGCCAUCUGCUGUAGAGUGUAGCAACAUCAGACGGAGGUGGACUGAACCGAACCAAGCAGACCCAACUCACUUUUCCCUGAUCCAGUCCAUUUUCUGUUCUGUAGAUAGAGACUGCACUCCAUGCCACUGAGAAUGUGAAGGUUAAGGUUGUUUUUGGCGAACAGACGUAUAGUAGUCACACAGCCAAGGACAUACUGUGUUGUCCCGUCAAGGUAGACCACAAUGGGCGUCAAAUAAGAUGGAUUCGACUCUGGGGACCUGAACUCACUGCCAGCCACUGCGGUGUCAGAUUCAUGAGAGGAACAAGAUGUUUUAUUAUUUCUCCUUUUCCAGUAUCGAGAUCUGAGGAUGAACAAUUCUCCUCCGAGGGUUUCUGAAAUGAGCAAACAGACGGAGCAAGUACAGUCUGUUAGAUGUCAAGAUGUCUUGUUUUGUGAGUGACCUUGUCGAAGGAGGCGAACUGGCAAAACACAGAGGAAAAAAGACUUAAAGGUUUAGUCAGGACUUCCAGUAACAUAACAGACAGAGCGCUGAAAGCUGAUCUAUCCAACCCAAUUUUUUUGUGUAUGAGGUAUACAUUUCCGUUCUUGAAUUUUUCCAUCAGAUAUGUGAAACUCAUCUCAUCUUUCUACUGUAACUGUGAUACUGUGAUGGCCAAAACUACAAUGACCCCUCCUUUUACAUUUGUAGUUUAACCAUGGACUUUCUAACUUGCCUAGAACACACUGCUGUUUUGUUUUUCUUGUUUGACUGCUGUCUUCUUGGAUGAGCUGGUCCUAAAAACUGCUCUCUCCAAGCCAAAGGUUACAAGGGAAUCUCACACUGUUAACAUUUUAUAAACACUGGUUGCAGAGUCCGACUUUUAUACACUGGUUCUCCCUUCGGAUCAAGAGGCAAACUUACAUGAGUAAUGGGUGUGCAAGGCUAGUUCGAGGAUCUGCUGUAUCUGCUAAAUAGUUUGAUAAGGCCAUCCAUAAAGCAGCCAAAACUAAAAAAAUGUUGAUCAUGGAUACAGAUAGUGAUAGAGGAAGGGAAAAGAGUGGGAAAUCUGCAGGGAGAGGAUCGAAAAAGUUCAUGUAAGCCUCUUAAUGAAGACCUCAAGGAAUGAGCAAGACAGCACCAGCAGAGCACAGUAAAAAAAGACUACUUUAAGUGUGUGUGUGAAAGGAAGGAUUGUGUAUACUCAAUAAUAAGCAAGCUGGUUUGACUGCAGAGGGAGAUCCGUGGAAAAAGAGCAGCGGUAGAAAUCAGGAAUGGCGGGUUUAGCUGCAGCAUUAAUGCAGCUAGUCGUACUGAAUGACAGCAGUCCAGUAUUUCUAAAGUGGCACCCAAUGGCACCAGACUUUUGGAGACUUGCAGGUGCAGGGUUGCUCUUUAAUCUGCUCUUUAACGUCAGGAAGUGGGGGCUUCAUGAAGCGUAAAGUGAUAGUUAUGCAAGUUUAAGACAGUUUUGUCCACAGGUUGGCGCCAGAACAACACUAACCGAAAGUUCCCCACAGGAGCUUUAAAUUAUGACCACUCUUCCCUUUUCCUCUGCUGUGUGAUCACUUGAUCUGACACAGUGACCAUCAUAAGAGACUGUGUAGUUUCAAUCAAAUGUCUUGACAUUUUGAGGACCUAAUUGCGAAGAAAGGAAAGGAAGUAUUGGUUGAUUUAAUUCUGCAAGAUGUUAAAAAGUAUGGAAAUAUCACUGAAAAAGUUCACUGACAAUGUCUUUCAUUGGUUUCCCACCAAUUUGGGGAUCAGUAUCUGCUCAGUGCAGCAUUUAAAAUCUAUUCCUGGUGAUAUUCAGGCACUCAGCACUUGGUGUAACUUUGUGAAAGAUGAUCGUAUUUGUUCAAUGUGGAAGGCAGCUGCACUUGUCUGUUCUCAUUGCUGGUUAAUUAGUAACACAGCAGUUUAAUUUGUGCCAUUAUUGUUCAACGAAGCCUUUUGACUCUCAGAACUUUCUUUUUAGCGUCGUCUGACAUUAUCAAAAGUAUCCCAGCUGAGUUUGACUCUUGAGAUCACCAGAGGAGUCCUUCACUCUCAUGUGAAUGAUAAAAGUACUGAUGCCUCUGCAGGCGGUCUGCCAGUCAAUGCUGCUAAAAGCACUGGUGUUACAGCCAUUACUCCCUCCCCCAAGCCAUACAGAUUAACAACUGUGGGUGGGAAAACACCACGAUGAUGCCAAACUGACAAGAUCAAGAGAAAUGUUGUAAUGCUGGUUUGCCUCAGAGAUCCUUUUGCAAUACUUCAUGAAGAUAGUGUCUCCGUUCAGUCGAUACAAACAGAAUCUUGUAGUUCUUAAACCUCUAGUAAGUUUUCCCAAUCAUAACAUGUGCAACUUUAACAUUAUUGUCUUGUCAUUGUUUUGUAGCUCAUGAAGCGGAGCCUCAUCCCAGCUGUUUUAUGUGUAGGAUGUUUAUUUUGUGCGUUGUGUCUGUGUGAGAGCCGCGUAUGUUCGUCCUCCCCAUGGAGCACUUUGAUCAAACCCGUGGGUGGAAAGAAAAAAGAUCUCCACCCCUCCGUCUUGAAAUAUCGAACUUGUUUAUCUGGUCGUUUGCCACUUCAAAAAGCAAAAGCCUUUCUUUCCAGGAGUUCAGGAAGACAACAGAUUUUAAGUGGUAUUGACCAGCUUUGAGAAUGUCCUUGUUUCCAAGUUUAGUGUUUGCUUUUGACAGUAUUUAUAACACUUCUUUGAUGAUCUCAUGAUUAUUUCAUGAAGGAGUAUUUUGUAGUCCCGUUUGGAGCUCUGAUUCAAUGAAAUAGAGACAGCAUUUAAUAUCAAUGUGAAAUAUUUAUGGUGCGUUUGAGCUUGUUUAUACAGAGCGAUGGAAGCGGCUGCCAAAUCUGGGUUUUGAUACAUAAAAAAAAACACACAGAAGGAAUGAUGGAGGGAAAACCAACACACGCCUCAGCUUCCCUCUUGUUUGGCCUAAAUUAGACGCAGACCCGGGGCAAAAUAUAUGUCGAAUCAAGAAUAGAUUAAGCUGAAAAAGUGAUGACGACAAAUGGCUUCAUGUGUUCUUGAGAGAACUUUCAAAAUAAGUCAUUUUGGGUAAAUCUAUUUUGAAGCUCAAACCAUUCCUGGAGCUGAAGAACCGACUUAGUCAGGUGUUGUUUUCGUCACCCAAAAAGCCUUGUUGAACUCUACAGAGCGCCACAAACUGUUUGAUUUUGUCAAGAAGCAUUACUUGGUUCAAACAUAUUUUGCCUUGGCGUUGGCCUGUGUAACCUGCUGCUAUUUGUCUUAGCCCUGAUCACUCUUUGCCAAAUACGCACCAUAUUUGCUCAGUUGCCAUUUGUCUCUGACGUUAUCCUCAGGGUGGAGUUAAAUUAAUGUAAUUAUGUGUCUUUAGAUCUCAAUUUCUGGCUUUAGAGAAUCUGAACAUCACCAUUUCUUAAUUUCAGCAGCAACAUCCAGUAUGCUCCACUUGAGGCAUGCAUCAAAAUCCCAGGAGACCAUGUUGACACCCAAAUAAACAUGUUUACAGCCUGGUACACAACAGGUUUUGGUCUGGGUAGUCCAUGUCUCCAUUUGUACACAAUGUACAGACGGUGAAUUAUUAUAUAACUCAGUCAUUUUGAAGAUUUAAGGCUACAAUUUUGCAUAAUCAGGCGUAAGGAGGGCAUAUUGUAGUGGUUAUCAAGUAGGCUAAAGGUCAACCUCUUUGCUUCUUGGAAGGUCAACUCAAACUAAGAUUGAGUCAGCAUUUCCAAUAUGACCACCCUUUUCUUUGAGUUUGAAAACAACAGCAUCUGAGCUCCCCACCUGAUAACGUCAAAGAAAAAAUGGCUGCCAUGUAAAUAUGGUUCGACAGCAGUUCAACCGCGAAACCACGACAACUUGUGUUCAACACGAAUCUCUCUUAGUAUCAUUUUGUCCAAGCCAAGGUGCAGAGGCAUGUAGCCAUGUUGUACUGAAGUGAAUCCUUUGAUAUUUCAGCCUCAGCAGUUACCUACCAUAAUGGGUGCGAUAGAGUCUAAUGUAUAGUACAAUUUCACCUUGCAUGGUACCCAAAGUGAGUGUUUAACUGCCCUCCAUCUUUGUAUCUCUUCAUUGAAGACAAUAUAUUCAAACAUGUGUCCAGGACGUGGACAGCGUGGGAGGAAAGAAGCAGAUUUUUUUUUACUGAAUUCAGUAGCACAAACUGGGAGCUCUUAUUUCUGACACCUUUUUUUUAAUGUAUAGUACCUUAUAUAACUGAGUUUUGUUCUCCAUAUUAUCAAGGAUGUUUUUCUUCAAGGAAAAAGACUUGAAUCUGUUUGAUUUGAUCCACUAUCGUGUUUGUUUCUGCAAAUAUUUAACACGUUUGUCAUGCUAGCUGCAACUUUUAAGUUGUUUAGUUGAAUUGCACAAUUCAUGGCUUUUUACAAAAAAGUGGGGUCAUUCAUUUCUUGUGUUUUAAAUUAUGGAAUCAGUAUAAAUGUACAGAAUCUUUGGGGUUUCCCUCCAAAUCUUAUCUAACACACUUCAACAACAAAUGUGAAUAGUAUUUUUAUAAAAGCACUGAGACGGCCACCGUGGUGAAUUUGUAAAUAAGGAGGCGAUGCUUUGAAUUUAUAUGGUCUUCUCUCCUACUGCUGUUUUCUCCUGCUUAUAACGACUUGUACAAAAAGAGGCGUACAUAUUUGCUUUAUGUAAGUGUACCUUUUUGACUAAUGGGACUUUGAUUUUAAAGUGCUUGUUGAACCCUUUUUCUCAUGUGGAAACUCUGUUAAGUGGCCCUCUUUUUCCAGAGAUUUGUGGCUGUCCUCAUGUACCGUUUCAGUUCAGGUGAACACCGCUGAAGUGGCGUACAUCUGUUUCACUUUCCCCUCACCUGCCCUGUUUCAUUUGUCUCUCAUCAAUGGGAACACCCAAGGACAAGCCAACGUCUUUUUUCCUUCUCCCAAUAAAACUGAAACCAGUGCUGCCAACCGACCCCGGAUAAACUGGGAUUCUCUUCUCUGCUAACUUUCUACUGGAAAUCUUACUGAGCCAAGUCUGACCUCCUCCUCUUUCCCUGAAAGGCAGAGCACAGCCUUCACAAUAAAACCUCUCUUUUUUUUAGUUAAUUUCCAAUUUGUUUGCAUGCGUUUAGGGGAGAUCUAGAGAAGGAAGGAGACCCCGGAUAACUCCUCCUCUACUUUCGUUAGCUUCCAAUACUUUACCCUCUUGUGUCCGAGUUAUUUGAAACCAUACCCAAAGCUUUAUAUCAUAGAAAUACCGUUCCUCAUGUUUGUUACAUGAAUCUGUCAAAAGUAUAUUUUUAAUUUAAUAUAAAUAAAGAUUGAUUCAGUA